CGCCCCGCGGCUCCGGUUUCAGCCGCUGCUACAGGGACCCCCAAGAUGGAAACGCAGGGGCUGCCCGCGGAGGCGGCCCGGGCCCGGCCCGCCGCACAACAUGGCGGCCCCGCUGCGCCGCCCGCCGCCCCGCGCCGCCCGCCCGACUGGGAGCUGGCGGCCGCCGCCGCCUCCUCCUCCCCCGCUGCCAGCACCGCCGCGUCGGGCCUCUACGUGAGCUUCCCGGUGCUGCUGGUAGAGGAGAAGCCGGAGCCCGGCGCCAGCCCGGCGCCCAGCCCCUGCGCGCCGCCGGCGACGCCCGCGCCCGACAACGACGGGCUCCUGCUCGUCUUCAACGUGGUGCGCGGCGCGGCCGAGGCCGGCCUGAGCGGCGGCGAAGCGGGGCGCGCCCCGCCCGGCCCGCCGCCCGCCGAGCCGCCGGAGGAGGCCCCCGGCUCGGCGCCGCCGCCGCCUGCUCCCCCGGCGCCGUCGCUGCCCCCCGCCGGCGGCGAUGGCGGCGCGGAGGACGGCUCCUUCUCGGGGACCAUCACCAUCAACAACCAGAGCCUGGUGGUGCGCAUCGAGAACGGCGUCCUGACGCUGGGGCCCGGCGCCGAGCAGGCCGCGGGCACCACGCCGCCGCCGCCCGCCGCGCCGCCCGCCGCCAGCCCCGCCGAGCCGCCGGGCGGGCCGCGGCCGCGCUCGCCGCCGGUCUUCCCGUGCCCGGAGCCGCGCUGCGGCGAGGCCUUUCCCCGCAAGCAGCAGCUGCGGCUGCACCGCCUCUCGGCGCACGGCGGCGGCGGGGAGGACGGCCGGGGCGCGGCGGGGGCGGCGGCGCGGCCCUUCGGCUGCCCGGUCCCGGGCUGCGCCUGGUCCUUCGCCACGGCCUACAAGCUGCGGCGGCACCUGCACUCGCACGACAAGCUGCGGCCCUUCGCCUGCGCGGCGCCGGGCUGCGCCAAGCGCUUCACCACCGUGUACAACCUGCGGGCCCACAGCCGCGCCCACGAGCAGGAGGCGGCGCACAAGUGCGAGGCCUGUGGGCAGCGCUUCCCCAGCGCCGCCCGCCUCGCCGCCCACCGCCGCCGCAGCCACCUGGAGCCCGAGCGGCCCUACCGCUGCGACUUCCCCGGCUGUGACAGAACGUUUAUCACAGUGAGUGCGUUAUUCUCCCAUAAUCGAGCCCACUUCAGAGAGCAAGAGCAGUUCUCCUGUUCCUUCCCUGGCUGUAACAAGCAGUAUGACAAAGCCUGCCGGCUGAAAAUCCACAUGAGGAGCCACACAGGUGAAAGGCCCUUUAUCUGCGACUUUGAAGGUUGUGGCUGGUCUUUCACCAGUAUGUCCAAGCUGCUGAGGCAUAAAAGGAAACACGAAGACGACAGGAGAUUCAUGUGCCCAGUGGAGGGCUGUGGGAAGUCCUUCACGAGAGCAGAACAUUUGAAAGGCCACAGUAUAACUCACCUUGGCACAAAGCCAUUUGAGUGUCCAGUAGAAGGCUGUUGUGCAAAAUUUUCAGCACGAAGUAGUUUGUAUAUUCACUCCAAAAAACACCUGCAGGAUGUGGACUCAUUGAAGACUCGUUGCCCUGUAUCGAGCUGUAAUAAAUUGUUCACUUCCAAACACAGUAUGAAGACGCACAUGGUCAAACAGCAUAACUUCAGCCCAGAUCUCCUCACUCAGCUCGAAGCAACCAGCUCCCUCACACCCAGCAGUGAACUUACCAGUCCGGGCCAGAGCGAUCUCAGCAACAUAGACCUGGUAUCCCUGUUCUCCAACGUGUCAAGUAACAAUUCUGGAAUUGCAACAGACAUGGCGCUCGUGAACUCGGGGAUCGUCACGAUCGAUGUCGCUUCGGUGGGCUCGACGCUCGGCGGAAACCUGCCUGUCAGUAACAAUUCUUUAAGCCAGGCGGUCGAUCCCUUGAUCCUGGUGGCCAGCAGCGACAUGCCGCAGAGCCUGGACAGUUCUCUCUUGCUGGGAACCGGCACAACAGUUCUGCAGCAAAGCACUUUAAAUUUGGAUGAUGUACAGACUGUCAACGCGGAAGCCUUGGGUUCGCUGGCGUCUCUGUCAGUGAGGAAUUCCAGUCAAGAAGGGCAUGGUUUGACGUCCAGCAAUAAUUUAACAAUCGACACGGCCACUUUGACUCCUUCCAGUAGCCUCGGCGGUACCAAUGUGCCUGAGUUACUAACACCGACUAAAGUUGAACGGAAUUUGCUUCCUGGCUCCGACGUUGUCAGUCAACAAGAGGGCAGCAAAGUAGUGACGCAGUUUGUCUUCUCCAACCCCCCGGGGAGCUACAGUGCCCAGAAAGAAAUGGAUCUUGGCACAGUGACUGGCAGCUCAUUCUUGGAGAGCAGCGGAUCUGCAAGAACAGACUACAGAGCCAUUCAGCUGGCCAAGAAAAGAAAACAGAAAGGGAAUGGCAGCAGCACAGGGGCAUCUGGCUCUGGGCAGAGGAAAAGCAAGGGUGGGAAAGUAAGCCCCACCAGCUUUUCACCAUCCACCCCUGGCAGUCGACUGGGUGGCAACAUAGUUCUGCCAAACGGAGGGCUGACGAUAAGGGACCCGGCCACCGGGGCCCAGUACGUGCAAAUUCAGCUGCUUCAGGAUGAUUCCCCGGGUGAGGGAGAUUUGCCCUUUCAGCUGAGUUCUCAGUCCUCUUCGUCACAUUCUCAGCUUACAGUGGAUUUACCUGUUCACAUACUUCAGGAACCACACAAUUCCGCUGAAGAUGAUGCAGGUUCUGAUAAUUCUCAGUUCACUGGAAGCACAAUAAACUUACAGGAUCUGGAAUGACCGUUACGAAGAACAGUUACUUGAAAACAAAGUGGGCAAUCAUGUCUCGACAGAGUGAGAUAACUCUGGGGGUCUUUUUCCAAGGAAAAUAUGGAAACUAGGAAUACUGGAUUAUGGUUGCACUCUUUGCUAAGGACAGUUGCAGCUGAAAGGUUUUUCUUAAAUGUAAAUCCCACUUGAUGUGCCUGUGUAAGAUGCCCCGUCUGCCUGGGGGCUGGGGAGGCCGAGGCAGACGCUGUACAGUGUUGUUUCAGGGAGAAGUACUGUAUUAAACUUCAAACUGAGGUAAUAUUUACUGUUUUCACAGGAAAGCAAGUAUUCUACAGCUAACAAGUACAAAUUUCUAAUCCUGCCUACAACAGUUAAAACUUCCCUUCUGGAAGGAACCAGUGUUAUUGAGGAAUUAAUUUGCAAGUGUUUUCCACACACACAAAAAAUAAUGGUUUCGGCCCCUGUGUUUUGGCAGAAAACUGGAAUAAAUUGUCCCAAGUAACAAAAUUAACGUCCUAUGCCAUGAAAACGAGAUGCUCUAAAAUCUUUGUUUUAGAAAGCUAGAUUCUAAAUGUUGACUUAGCUGUGAAUCAGUUCGUAGCUCAUGUUGAGUUUCUCCCUUUCUUUGCUCCUGCAUCCCGAAUACUUUGCUGAAUUCUUCCAGCAAAACUUGAAAACUGCAAUAGAACUGUACGCACUGUAAGUGAUUUAGCUACGAGUCCAACAGCAUUGGAGAGGUUAGUUUUAUGUUUGUGUUCCCGUUUUUGGGAGGAAUGUUGACCGUAAUGUUGACGUAAGCACCUUGAUUUUAUCUCAUCUAUAGACUGCUGCCAAGUUACCUAGAAACUGGUCACUAUAUUAUUUCUUUUUCAAUUGAACAUUGUUAACACUUGUUCUUUAUUGAUAUCCCAGAGUGUCACGUGCAUGUGGAGCUUCCGGCUGGUUUACAGAAUAUGCAGUUGUAAGAGUCUUUUAUGAGGGGACAGGAAUUGUUACCUGGGAAGAUUUGCCCCAUUGAAAACCAGCAGUUUCUCUUGAGGACGGGGGAGAGGUUGUAUGUACUCUACUUACCUGGAUUGCAGUCACUUAAAUAAGCAUAGGGUUGUAUAGGAAAAAACACCACCACCUUUGGUUACAUUUUAAGGUAGUAAUUUAAAUGUUUCUUAUGGUGAUGUACUGAAUGCCUAUAAAACUAUGUAUAGGAGUUUGAUAAAAGGGUGUAUGUACUGUUUUUUAUUCUCAGUGAGGUGUGUGUAUGCACGUAUGUGUAUUUUUUUUACAGAAUAAGAUAAUGUCAUGCAGAAGAACAUUGUGAUCUUUCUAAUCUUGCACAUAUUUAUUUAUUUUACAGUUAUAUCGAAUUCACACGAGGUCAUUCAGAAAUGCUUUUACUUCCUGUGCCUUUUGAACUAUGUACACGUCCAGAUAAAUGCUCUUUUGGUUGAAGGCUUGGGGAGGGGAAAACAAAGUAUCCAGGUUACAUUCAACUUCAGCUCCUGAUUUGUAGGCAGUAUUUUAUCUUCUGGUUGAACCAGUUCUAUUUUUCUGUCUUUAGCUUAACUGAGCAUUGAGGUCUCUCUGUUCCUCUCAUCCUGAGUUUACAGCUUAUGCCCAGGGAAUCUCUUAACCCCCUCAGGCUGGGUUUCCAAACCAAAGCUAACUGGUAGAUGAGAUUUUCUGCCGGUGACUGCAGCACGGAGUCCGUCCAUCCCGAGAGGUAGGAGGGUUGAGGAAUCGUGCUGAACGGCGACUACGGGGUCGUGUGCUCGUGGUCACUGUGCUCCCCCUGGAAGCCGAGGCACCUUGAGCUCCCAAUGCCUGCGUUAUUCCGUUCUCAACAACCACACCGGUUCUUAAUCUACUAAAAUGGCCAAGGAACACUCCUUUUUUUUUUUUUUUCUUUUCUUUUUUUGUUAUGGGACUUGCAACCGAAUCUUUCUACUUGUUAAAAUGUACCUCACUCAGCUUUGUAAGUGAAUGUAAAGUGCUAACCUCUUUGAGAUGAAAAUGGGAUCACUUGGCUUAAACUCCAUUGCUGGCAAUGGAUGCCUGAAGAACUGUUGGUGCAAAAGGGUCAAUAAAGGUUUUUUUUUAUGGUCA